AAGGUAGCGUCCUGCAGUGCCCGCCCCCACGCCUACGGGUCCCACGGACCUGGCGUCCAGUCUCCUAGCAACGACGCGAGACUUCCAAGAACCGUUCUUCUCAUCCUUCGGGUCCUUUCAGUUUGCGACCAGUAAAGCCGCGCCACACGCUUGUAACUCCAGAUCCUUGGCUCCCGUUUACUCCUGCUUUUCACCGCACCCCGAGCCAUUGGCUCGGAACCAACCAUCCCUGUCCUUGUCUCCGAAGUCUCCCCCCAGCCUGGGUUCGGUCAUCCCACCCGGCCGGAUAAUCAGGCAUCGCUAUUUACUCUAGGUCAUGCCAGGGGGUGAGGAGGAAGCUAAGAAUGCUGCCCAGAGUACACAGGAAGGGGAGGUCCCCAUCACUGAAGCCCUGAUCACCAAGAGGAACUUGACCUUCUCUGAGGAUGAAGACCUGUCAGAAAAGAUGUUUCAUACUCUUGAAGAACUGGAGACUGUCCGCCUGGAUCGGGAAGGGAUUACUUCUAUCAGGAAUUUAGAGGGCCUCCGGAAUAUUCACAGCCUCUACCUGCAGUUGAAUAAGAUCCAGAGAAUUGAGAACUUGUCAUGCAUCACCUCCCUGCGCUUCCUGUCUCUGGCAGGAAACCAGAUCAGGCAGGUGGAAAAUCUCCUUGACCUCCAGUACCUCCAGUUUCUGGACCUUUCCGAGAACCUGAUAGAAAUGCUAAAGCUAGACGAGCUCCCUCAGAGCCUUCUCAUCCUCAACCUGUGUGGAAACCCUUGCACCAACAAGAAUGGCUACAGGAAGAUGGUGAUAGGAGCCCUGCCACUGCUCUUGGACCUGGACAAGCAGCCUAUAUUGGAGCGCUGGACCUCAGAUGAUGAGGAUAAAUCCUCAGAUGAGGAGGAGGAAUUUCCGGAGCUGAAUGGCCCAUUCUGCGCAGAGCGAGGAUUCUUCAAGGACCUGGAGCAGGAACUACAGCAACACCAGGAGCGAAGGCAGCAGGUGGUCCUGGCAGAGCACUUGGCAAGGAUGGAGACACAGCCUGUCCUCACUGACCUGCCUCUCCUGCCUGCUGUGCCCAUGGCCGGGGACUGCAGCCCUGCUGUCACUGCAGAGCCUGAGAAGGAGUCAGCCCCUAAGGCCACCUCCUCAACCCGGACCACCUCUUCUACCAAGAAACCAGCUCCCACAAGCCAAAAAAGCUCUGUCCGGGCAAAGAAGGGGGCUCUGGCAGCCACAGCCUCCAAGACCUCUCUGGCUGCAGCCCCCAGCACAACAAAAAUUACAACCAAAAGAAGCACAAAGUAGCACACACACAGCCUCUGUGUGCUUGCUCUCCUUCGCAGGCCUUUCACUUGUGGCAGUAGUCCAACCCCCCAAUAAAGUAUCUUUGGGCUUGG